AUUCAGAUGUUAUGUUCUCAUAACAAUUGGCUCUUUCAUCUAGAGAUAUUCACACAAAAUUAAUCUUACAAUCACAUCGUGCGUGAUUACAGAUUUAUCGCUCACAAAAGCAAUUCAAUCCUUUAAGCAAGAACAUGUCUUUAAGAUUUUUGCUGAUCGCUGUCCUGUGUACACAGGCCACUGUUAGUUACUCUAAAGUACUAAAUCCAUGUGAAGUGGCGGAUGUUAUGUACAAACUUGGUCAAAAGAAAGUGAUUGUUUCGAAAUGGGUAUGCCUAGCAAAAUUUGCAAGUGGUUUUAACACACAAGCCCUGAGUCCAACGAAAAAGGACGGCAGCAAUGAUUUUGGUAUAUUUCAGAUAAAUGACAAGUACUGCCGACUAGGUUCCACGAACAGUUGUGGAGUUCCAUGUACAGAUCUUGUACAAGACGAUAUUGUCCAAAGUGCCAAAUGUGCCUUAAAAAUAUACCAGAAAGAAGGAGGAUUUAAAGCCUGGCCUGCCUUCAAUAACAAUUGUCAAGCCAUCGAUACAUCCCGCUUCAUCAUCAAAUGUUCCCUGAAAGCGCCGUCAUUUUUUAGAAGACGAUUUGAUUUAAACCUCAGUGACGAAGAAGAGUACAGAAAGAACGCUCUUUAAUAAUAUAAGAAUCAUUAUUGAAUUUUAGAUUUAAAUACCAGACAUUUGGGAACUGAAUUAUGUAUUGAUUUAAUGAUUAUUUGAAUUAUUUAUUAUGUAAAUAUUUUCUUAUUGAAGUUUAAUUCUGCUAUUAUUUAAAAAUAUUCUUCUCUAGAAGACACGUUUUUAUUUUUUAAAGUGGACUGUGAUUAAUAAAUAAUUAUA